AUGAAUGAACCUAAACUCCUUGGAUUUAACAAAUCAGAGUUUUUUCACCCAUCUUCCAAGGGUUAUCCAAAACCUAUAAUUGAUAUUUCAAAUUAUGGGGAACUGGCAAUUAGGACAACUUCAUGA